AUGGUCGAUCUGCUGCGCGAUACGGUCGAUGUGUUGCUGUACGAGGUGGAGGAUGUGCCCGACAAUCUGGCUGUUUGUGUGACACUGCUGAAUGGGCGUACGGAUUGUGUUAGCCAGUUCGGUGUGAAGUAUACGGCUGUAGUGCAACUGUUUGCCACGAUGUACACCAGCACGAUGCAAUUCUAUGCGGAAGAGUUCGCUGCCAGUGGUGAACGGUUGGGUGCGUGUGUGACUUCCAGCCGCCAGAAGAUGCUCGCCAGUGUGGCGCGGUUGAGCGUUAGGGUGGACGAGUGCCAACAGAUGCAUUGA